UGUAUUCUGUUCGACAUCGUAGGGAAUGGUGAUUUUUAGUUUAAUGUACUAAAAAAAAUUUUACUGUACAGCUACAUUCAAACGAUUUUUAGGGGUCACAUCAGGUACAGGCAGUGCCAUCUGAAUUUAGUGUGUUAUUCAUUUAGUUUUUCGAAUGUGCAAAAUGUAUUUCCCGCCAGUUAAACGGACCCUACACACAGAGAGGUCCUGACGAUGACGUCGACGUAGGUGAGUUAUAAGAAUGAAAGAGGGAAGAAAGCACGCGGACGCGAGCAGCCGAAAUCGAUAAAUCAAGCGACUGAUGCUUGAAUCGGAUCUGAUCGGGAUCGCCGUCUCCCUGUCGAUACGGAGCACAGCGCGCUUUCCCUGUUUAAGGACCGCCUCGCGCCAACGCGAUCCAAAAGUCACGGAAAUCUUUGUGAAGCGAGAGUUUCCACGCGUGAAAAUGAUCCGAGAGGGGGAAUAAUCCGAGAGAGAGAGAAAGAGAGAGAGAUCACUGAUGGUGAUGAUGAUGGUGGUGGCCUAGAAACAUCAGGAAUUCCUGGAUCGAUGGGGGAUUUUACGCAUCGCCAAGACAAGGGGCUCGCUUUUCUCCGCUUUUCUCCGCUUUUCACCUUGACUUCGAGGAGGAUGCGUUGAGGUCUCCCAGUCCGAGAGUGACUGGCUCACUUGAGAAGGAACAGCGGCUCUGCGCAUUAAUGCGUGUGUGCGUGAGCGCGUACGCGUGCUCUCCCGUGACCGAUGGCACUGGAAUCCGUGCGCAACGGCUAUGUGCGCACUUGUGUCACUCCCGUGGAGCAGGACUGCUGGCACUCGUGCUUGGCUCUCGUGUGGAGCCGUAGGAGCCUCUCGUCGGCCGUGUGCGUCGCCUCGCUGUCCGUGCUGCUCGCGCUGCUCGCUCAGUCCGCGGACUGGGACGCGGAGCGCGCACACGCGCACUCCGGCUCGCACUUGGUGACGCUCGUGGAGCUCGUGUGGCAGCUGCUCUCGCCCGUCUUCACGCUCGUGUGUGCCUUCUUCUGGGUGGGUGUGUAUCUGCUGCGCUGCGGGGUGCUCAUCCGCACGGCCGUGUUCCUGCUCACCGUGUGCCAUCUGGGCGAAGCGGCGGCGCAGUCGCUGUUGGAUGCGCAGCAGCUCUACUCGUUCACGGCCACCGCGCUGGUGCUGCUCGCCUGCCUGGCCAGCGGGGCGCUCAUGGUGGUGCGGCUGGGUCAGGGCAUCUCCGUGCUCCUCUUCAUCAGCAUCAUCAGGACCCUAUCGCUGCUCUCGCUGCAGAAGGUGCGCGCCAGCUGGAGACCCUACCUGGCGUACCUGCUCGGGGUGCUGGGGGUCCUGCUGGCGAGGUAUGCGGACAGGCUGCUGCCGGAGCAGGGCGCAGCACACCGGGAGGGAUCGAGGGGAGAUAUUCCGGUAUUUAAGAGGCGCAGGAGGUCCAGCUCCGUAGUCUCGUCAGACAUGGCACAGCACGGCCAGCCCAGGAGCAAGUCUCACAGGAGGACGUCGCUGCCCUGCUUGCAGAGAGACCAGAUGCUCCCACAGCAAGAAUGGGACCACAAAAGAGGCGCCCGAGGAUCUCAGCCAUCCGGCCUAAUGCAAUCUUCGGGCACCAGCGUGACGGUGGACAUCGCGGUGAUGGGCGAGGCCCAUGGACUGAUCUCAGAUCUGCUGGCUGACCCCUCCCUCCCGCCGAACACCUGCAGCACCCUACGGGCCGUCAGUAACCUGCUCAGCACCCAGUUCACCUUCCAGCCGCUGCACCACCGGCCGCGCCUGAGCCCCCUGCUGGCCUUUAGCGACGGACACACCUGCUCCGACUCGGAGGAGGCGCCGGAGAAAGGAGAGAAGCUGGCCAUUUCGAAGCGUUUGAGGCGGAGUUUGCCUCCGGGGCUUUUGAGACGCAUUUCUUCCCCGUGGACCACCACCACCUCAGCCACGGGCCUGCCCACCCUUGAACCCGGGCCGGUCAGACGAGACCGCAGUGCCAGCAUCAAAGCACCUCACGAUGGCCCUUCCAGCAGUUUGGUGAACAGUGAUUCAUGGAACAACUCUGUUAUGCUCAGCCUUUCCAAGAGCAGGUCCAUGUCCGCUUCGUACGCUGCCUCCUCCGCCACCAACCACAUCUAUAGCAAGAGCCGAAGAGGUUACCCUUCUUCCAACAUCUCACCUCUGGCUUCACCCUGCCACUCCCCUCCAGUCCAGGGCACUCCGCUCACCAGCCCCACCAACAAAAGCCCUUCAGUGGAGCUGCCGGACGCAGAGCUUCCGCCGGCCGCCGGCCCGCCACCUCGGAGCCCCCACAAAGCCUUAACCCACAGUCAGAGCGCCCCCAGCUCCAGCACCUCACAAUGGGUGCCGCCUCCACUUUGUAGCAGCUGUGGAAGACCGUACAGUAAACUGAGACACGGGGACGGCUCCAUAGACGCAGGAGAUCGAACCCAACAGUCAGACGAGCCGCUGAUAAUGUCGUCAGACUAUGACAGCACCUACGAGACCAACCACAGUGACAGCAGCGACUUUGCACAGAACGAGGAAGACGGGGAGGGUCACAGGACGGCCUGCGGGACGUUCCCGUCUCCGGGGCUCGCGCUGGCCGCUCUCAUCCCACCGGAGGAUAAACCCAUCUUAGCCCCGGAGCCACUGGUGAUGGAGGGCCUGGAGCCCCUCAUGAAUCAGAUCAACAACUGGAACUUCCCCAUCUUCAGUCUGGUGGAGAAAACCAAUGGCAGAUGUGGCUGCAUCCUCAGCCAGGUGUCUUACCGGUUGUUUGUCGAUACGGGACUCUUCGAGACGUUCAAGAUUCCAGUGAGGGAGUUCAUGAACUAUUUCCACGCUCUGGAGAACGGAUACAGGGACAUCCCAUAUCACAACAGGAUUCAUGCAACAGACGUCCUUCAUGCGGUUUGGUACCUCACUACCCAGCCUGUGCCUGAUUUACCUACACUGGCAUCACUGAGUGAAUCAGACUCUGACGGUGGACUCGCCCACGGCCGCACGAGGUACCUGAUGUCCAGGACGUAUCCUGUAGAGGAGGAGGGUUACGGCUGUCUGUCCGGCCUCAUCCCUGCUCUGGAGCUGAUGGCGCUCUACGUAGCAGCCGCCAUGCAUGAUUACGACCAUCCCGGCAGGACCAACGCCUUCCUGGUGGCCACCAGCGCUCCUCAGGCCGUUCUUUAUAAUGACCGCUCGGUGCUGGAGAACCAUCACGCGGCGUCCGCCUGGAAUCUGUUCAUGUCGCGGCCCGAGUACAACUUUUUGGCCAGUUUGGACCACAUGGACUUUAAACGCUUUCGCUUCCUGGUCAUCGAGGCCAUACUAGCCACCGACCUCAAGAAACACUUCGAUUUCCUGGCUGAAUUCAACGCUAAGGUGGGAGAUGAUGGAUGCUCGGGCAUUGAUUGGACUAACGAGAACGAUCGUCUGCUGGUCUGUCAGAUGUGCAUUAAGUUAGCAGAUAUAAACGGUCCGUUGAAAAGCAAAGAGCUUCAUUUGCAGUGGACAGAGGGCAUCGUCAAUGAGUUUUAUGAACAGGGUGAUGAAGAGUCUAGUUUGGGCCUUCCCAUCAGCCCCUUCAUGGACCGCUCAGCACCGCAGUUGGCCAAACUGCAGGAGUCCUUCAUCACACACAUUGUCGGGCCUCUCUGCAGCUCGUAUGAUUCAGCUGCUCUCAUGCCCGGCCACUGGGUCGACCCUCUGCCCAAAGAGGGUGAAGAUGCUGAGGAAGAAACGGAUGAAGAGGAGGAGGAAGAUACACCGGAGGAAGAUGCCUCCACCAGCUCAGAACUUUCCCAGAAACCAGCACCCAAGAAACGACGGAAAGUGUUCUGCCAGAUCACCCAGCACCUGCUAGAAAACCACGAGAUGUGGAAGAAGGUCAUUGCCGAAGAGUCCCAAAGCCAGACAGAAGGGGAGGAGUCCACAUGUCUCACUAACACCCCUGAGCCAAUCCUAGCCAUCGAUGAGGAGGAGGAGGAGCCAGGGAGCAAGGAGGAGCCAACAGACGAGCAGGAGGAGGAGCUAACGGAGGAGGAGGCGGAGAGUCCUGUACCUGACGAGACACAUGAAACGGAGGAAACAGAUGGCGAGACUGUAGAGGAAACGGACGAGACUGCGAAGACUGUAGAAGACGACGUGGAGCUAAAACAAGAGGAAGAUGAGAAAGAAGAUCCAGAAUGAAUAACUUGCCAUUUUUAGACGUCGUCUAAAAGCUUUUUAUUGGCAAGCGAGACUUCUAAGAAAUGGUUGCCAGCACAUCACUUAGACACAACACUGUAGAUGCUUGGGGAACAUGUGCCUAAAGGAAACAGGGUGGGACAGGGUGGUUCGGGAUGAAGGGUUUGAGCAACAAUGAGCAGGCGGCGAACUUUUGAGGUUUGAUGCUAAAAUUGGCCGGGACAUCCAGGGGGUUUCCUAUAUUUUCUAGACUUCCGUUGGUCAGUUUUGCAAGUCCUUCUGGUGAAACCCUCUCCAGCUGCACCUUAACCCCCACAGCUACGACAGGGGUCCCAAUGAACUGCGGUGACACAAGUUUUGCAGGCUCAACGAGCAUUUCCGCGGAGAUCGGCGUCAAAGUCGGGAACGAGAAACCAAUCCACCGUGACUCCUAUUGUCGAAAGCAAACGCUCCAGACACUGCAUGCGUUUGUGAAAAGAUACACUUGUGUGUUUGCGUGUCUGUCCUGCCAUUGCUCUUUCUUUUUCCUUUCCAGAGCAUCACUAUAGCAAGCGCUUGCGCCAUUGUCUCAUUGUCCGGAGGCGUCGAGCCGAAUGCCUGUCAUUCUCUUCCCUCACCGUUUUCCCGCGGCAUUCCACGAACUGAGAUUUUACGUUUCUCAGGAUCAGACUGUUUUGGGAUAACUGUACAAGGAGUCAUUGGUUUUUACAGACUUUCUUGCAACUUUCUAAUCUUUUGGAUCUUGAUUUGUGGACAAAGGGUAUCUUUAGUUGUUUUUUAAACUGUAACUUCUAUAAAACGCCAAUGGCCUUUUAGCCCAAUCGUCGUUUUACCAGGUGAUUUGAUAUAUAUAUAUAUAUAUAUAUAUACACGUGCAUACGGCGUGCAAUAGUACAUCACGUCAUCCCUAGUCAUCAAACUUUGUACCGUCCGAAACUACAUGCUCCCUCCUUCUUUUGUUUUUGCAUUUAAGCAAAGUUUUGAGAGCCGAGUAAACUGCUCUAGCAAGUUUGGCUGAUCAAAGGCGCAAACUGGGACGAGGGGAAGGCCUCAGGCUCCCGCAUUCCCCCGCAGUCGCAUGUUUUGCCUCCGAACAAGGCUGUGGUUAUGUUUCACAGUCGUCUCACGCAGCCGUCGCGGUCAUGCAGGCAGGCGUGUGAGCGACUGCGAGCUCCUCAGCCCAAGGGAUGAAACAGCGAAUGCCGUCCCUCUCACAUGAGACCAUGUGGCGCACAUGAGAUACGCACACCGGUCGACACGGCUGUCCGCGCUCGCCUUUGAUGUGCCGAAAGAGGCAGAUUGCUCACGACGGCGAGAUGAAACACUUCUGCGGGCUUAAUCACCUCGGGUCCGAUGUCUAAUCGGACGCCUUCAGUGGCUUUGAAGGAGAGCCAAUUAAAAACGCCUAGGUAGGACGAGACGGUCACGUGCUCAUCUUUGAAAUGUCCCCUUCGAUCGCAAUGCAGUGUAAGCCUUAAUAUAAUCAGGCAACGUGGUGCAAUGUAGUCCGGCGAAUUAUUUAAGCAAUACCGACCCUACGUGUACAGCAGAUUGGUAGCGUUUCCAAUUGCACUUUCUUUUGGUUGCUGUGUAGAUCUCACACAGCUCAAGUGUGUGUGUGCCAAAUACGACUUCAAAUCCAUUCUCCCCAAAGUAUGAAACCCCAUCAGGAGCGUGGAAAGGCCGUGUGUGCUUGCGACGCAGUAUGAGUGCUUUUUAUUUCUACGUGGCCCCAUUUUCAGAGGGAAUAUUAUAUUUGUGCAUUAGGCCGUAGAUUUGUAACCCCAGGCUGGAGAUAUUAACCCUUUGGUGCAUGAGUUAUUAAAUCACAGUUUUAAUAAUUAUUACCUUUUUAAAACAAAAAUAUAUGAAUUCCCAGUCUAAUAGCGCAUUCUGAGUGCAUUACUGCCCACUGCAAUAAAAGGUGGUAGUUGUUAUGUGGUGCAUCGCUUUUGUUUGCCAUAUUGAAUUUAGGUUGCCAUAGUAAGUGUAUAAAAAGGAUUGUUUAAAUGGAUCAUAGAUAAGGGUCAAAAGUUAUCUAAGUAACUUAAAAAUGACACCAUCAUGCAUCAGUGUUAAAUUAGACAGUUAACCUUACAAAAUUUUGAGGAAUAAAAUCACCCUAAAAUACACUGUUAAAUUCAACUAAAUACAUCAGGCCAGAGAUGUCAACCCUUUGGUGCAUGAAUUAUUAAAUCACAAAUAAAAAAAGUCUUAAUAUUUUUAUUACCUUUUUUUUUUUUUUUAAACAAAAACUUAUUCAUUCCAAUUUUUUCCCUCAAAAUAAUGCAUUUGGAUAGUGUUACUCUCCACUCUAAUAAAAGAUGCGGUGCAUCACUUUUUGAAUUUAUGUUGUCAUAAUAAGCAUGUAAAAAGGAUUGUCGCAUUGAAUUAUGGAUAACAUCGAAGGUUAUGGCCUUUAAAAUGCCUUUUAAAGAUCUGUACACUGUAGUGGACAUCAUGCAUCAAAGUGUUAAAUUAUACAGUUGUCUUAGCUUUAUCAUAACCUACAAUCAAAUCCUGAGGAAUAAAAACAUUAUUAAAUCACUAUACCCUAGGGCAGACAUAAUAAACCCUUGGUGCAUGAAUUACUAAAAUACAAACAGAACAGAAAUAAAAAUAGUCUUAUUAUUACUUCUUUAAAACAAAAAUAUAUUACUUUCUAAAUAAUACAAUGAGAGUGUUACUGACCACUGCAAUAAAAGAUAUAACAAAAGGUAACUGUGAUGUGGUGCAUCACUUUUGUUUGCUAUUUUGAAUUUAUGUUGCCAUAAUAAAACAGAAUAUAACAGGAUUGUUGCAAUGAAUUAUAGAUAAGGGUCAGAGGUUAUCACCUUAAAAUGGCUUUUAAAGAUUUGUCCACUGUAGUGGACAUCAUGCAUUAAAGUGUUAAACUACACAGGUGUCUUCACUGUGUAUUUCCCAAAACAAAAUCAACUUAAAAUAUAUAACCUACAAUCAAGUCCCAAAGAAUAAAAUCUUCCCAAAUGCAUUAUUAAAUCAAUAUACCCCAGGACAGAGAUAUUAACCCUUUUGGUGCAUUAAUUACUAAAAACUUUUUAUUACCUAUUAUAUUUUUAAGUAAAAUAUAUUAUUUUCUUCUUUUCAAAAUAGUACUUUUUAUGUGAUGCAUCACUUUUGUUUGCUUUUUUGAAUUGUAAAGAUAUAUAAGCAUUAUUGCAACAAAUUACGAAUAAGGGUCAAAGGUUAUCACCUUAAAAUGGCUUUUAAAGAUCUGUCCACCUUUGUGGACAUCAUGCAUCAAAGUGUUAACUUACAUAAUUGUUUUUGCUGUAUAUUUCCCAAAACAAAAUUAUCUUAUCAUAACCUACAAUCAAAUCCUGAGGAAUAAAAUCCCUCUAAAUACAUGAUUAAAUUCCGCUAAAUAAAUCAGCACAUGCCAGGCCAGAGAUAUUAACCCUUUGGUGCAUUAAUUACUAAAAUCACAAAUAAAUUCCCUUUUUAUCUCCAAAAUAAUGUAUUUUGAGAGUGUUACUGACAGUUGCAAUAAACAUAUAAAACACAGAACAUGAUUGUUGCAAUGAAUUAUGGAUAAGGGUCAAAGGUUAUCAGCUUAAAAAAUGGCUUUUAAAGAUCUGUCCACUGUAGUGGACAUCAUGCAUCAAAGUGUUAACUUGUUAAUAUAAUAGUUUUUGCUGUAUAUUUCCCAAAAUAAUAUCAUAACCUACAAUCGAAUUCUGAGGAAUAAAAUGCCUCUAAAUACAUUAUAUGUGACAUUAUGGAAGAAUCUAUUAUGCAAUUAAGCUCCGCCCCAGAUUACUUUCAGUCUGUUUGAGAAAUUUAUGUCAUUACCUAGCGAUUAGCAGUGGGGACACGUGGCGAUGAGGACUGGGAAGGACCUUACUGCGAGUCUUUGACUAUCAAAGGUCAUUGAUAUCGAUGUCUCAAAGUGUUUCACACCCCGGUGCCCAGAUUUGCCUCCACCCAGACAGUAUUCAGAGAGACUUGACAAAAAAAAACUGUGGAAUUAGCCAGCGAAUCCUACACAUCUGAUGCGCUCGUGCGUGUGCUGCAUGAUUGCGUGCGUGUUGGCAUGGCAGCAUGCGUCCCUGUCCUCCACCGUGCCUCCCGUCGCUUGGGUUUCAGCUCUGAGGUGGCUCUGAUUCCAAAUUCUCGAGAAACCGGUUUAGAUAAUGGCAUUUUCACUAAACACGUAGCAGAGUGAAGCAACAGUCUGAUACCUGCGCAGGUAUUCCAGAAAUGUGUGUGUAAAAGUAGUCUGAUGAGCUGGGUUCAUCCUUCCAGAUCUUUUUGACUGACGGCAGGCGGUUUGACUAGCACGUCAGGUUCACCGGAUGUCGACACGAGAGACAUAAAGAGGUUACACGUCACACGAGAAGCUGAUCUUUUGAUAUUUUUCCUUUGCAUUUCUCCUGUCCAAUGCUCGUUCCUUCAUCUUCAGCUGUACGCGUCAGAUAACAGUGUCCACUCGUUUCGUUCACCUUGAGAACCAAACAAGCUUUACACCUCUCUGAGAAAGAGAAAUGAGACUUGUACUUUUUUUAUAUAGUCGGCACUUCACUGACAAAAUAAUUAUUUUUCUUCUCACUUGUAUCUUGCACUUAACACAUGUAGCAAUACCUAUAGAAAGGGGAACUGUGUAAAAUCACCAGUAUUCGUAAAGUGAAAUAUUCAUUUUAUCGCUGAUUGUUGUUCCAUUUUGUACAAAACGAUAUUGUGUACAGGUUAAAAAUGAAACGAAACAAAAACAAAGCCAAAAAAGGGACGAAAAAGAUGAAGACGACAACAGAAGUCUUUUAGAUAAACAUUAUUUAUUUUUACUGUUUUGUAAUUUAGACACUAUACUGUAGCUCCUCUAUUGCCAGACUUACUGGAAGUGCCUCUUGGUAUAAUGUAACAUACAGAAAAUAUAUAUUGAGAUUAUUAGAACCUGUCACAAGCUGAACAUUGUGGAUGUUGUAAUGUGAAUACAGUUUAAUAAUACGAGUGAAAUACUGUGGUA